GCCCGCCGUAGGGAGCCUUGGGGGCCCCCCAACCUCGUUCUUGGGGCUUGGCCCCCGACGCUGCUUGGGAGGAAGGCCGGUGCCCCCACCCUCGGGGGCUGCCCUCCUCCAAUCCACCUCCCUCUCCAGAGCCGCCCACAUCUGGAGCCCCCUGCACAUCUGGAAGACCCUGGCCACCUUCCCUCUGCAAGUGUCACUUGCAUCCAGAGACCUCUGCCUUUGCUACUGCCCAGGAGUUGUGGAGGGGUUACCUACCGCUGCCAUCCCCCAUCCCAAGGACACCUCUUACCCUUACUCCCUGCAGAGUCAUCCCCCUGCCUCGGUGCCCAGGCCCAGGCAGAGAUCAGCUCUGAACACCCACAGGCACUUCAAGUCCUGGAGGCCACUCCUGGGACCAAACGCCCCUCCCCCUGCCCUCCUGUGUCCUCACCUUGACCCCCUCUUGUCAGACUCCGUCUCCCUCUGGGUGUUCCAUUCCCCACCCAGAGGCAGAGAGGGCGGAGUGGCAGGGGCCAGGGGCUGGGUGAGGGCCGCCCAGGGCCAGGGUGGGCUGGGGGGCCGUUAAGAUGUGGAGCUCUGCCCGGUCGAGGGGGGCUCCGUGGAGGCAGACGCAGCGUGUGCCCGGGUGGGGGAAGUAUGGGCAGGCCUGCGGCCACGUGGUGAAGGAUGAACAUUCGGGGCGCCCCGGACCUCGGGCAGCCCAGUGACGACCCCAGCGGUGGUGGCGAGCGGGAGCGGAUCCGACAGCGCAUGAAGAUGGUCAUCGGGCAGUUGGAAGGCAUCCUUCGAGAGCUCAAAGAGGUGGCCAAGGAGUUGAGGGAGGUGGUGAGCCAGAUCGACAAACUAACCUCAGACUUUGACUUUGAACUGGAGCCGGACGACUGGACCACAGCCACUGUGAGCAGCACCUCUAGCAGCGACAAGGCAGGCGUGGGUGGCCCCUUUGACCUGGGCCACCUGGACUUCAUGACAGCUGAUAUCCUCUCAGACAGCUGGGAAUUCUGCUCCUUCCUAGACAUCUCCACUCCGUCAGACUCCAUGGAUGGCCCUGAGUCCUCGAGGCCAGGGGCCGGCCCUGACUACCGGCUAAUGAAUGGUGGCACCCCCAUCCCCAACGGGCCGCGAGUGGAGACCCCUGACUCCUCCAGCGAGGAGGCCUUCCACGCUGGCCCUGCAAAGGGCCAGGUACCUCAGCGGACCCCAGGGACUCGGGAGAGGGUACGAUUCAGUGACAAAGUGCUCUACCAUGCUCUGUGCUGUGAUGACGAGGAAGAGGAUGGUGAGGAGGAAGCAGAGGAGGAAGAGGUGGGCCUGCCUCCUGAGAUGCCCCACACGGAGCCUCACAUGGGCCCCCUCAAGCCCUCCCCAGCCCCCUACAAGACCAGACGCUCUCCACUGACUGGCCGCCACUCAGGCCCCCCGUUGGCCCCAGAACAGACCCGAAGGGUCACGAGGAACAGCAGCACCCAGACGGUGUCAGACAAGAGCACGCAGACGGUGCUGCCCUACACGGCCACUAGACAGAAAGCCAGGGAGAAGAACUAGGGGGUGGGGGAGGGGCUGAGGGCACAUAGAGCUAUAAAUAUAUAUAUAUACAUAUAUAUAUAUUUAUCAAACACAGUCAUAAUAAAAUUUCCAAAUGCUAA